UUUUUUUUUAGAUUUGACAGUCACAUAGUGUGAAAAACUAUAGAAUUUAAACAAAUUGUACAUGUAGCGAGUUUAAUUUUCUACAAUGAGCGGAUUUCUAAAAUAUAUUUGUUUGUUUAAUCAAAAGGAAAGAUAUUCUCCAUUGUGGAGUGUUAAUAACUUUCAUUUUAAACGGGAUGGAAAGCACAAUGAGGAAAUAUGUGCUCUACAUAACUCUGAAUCUUCCCUGAGUCACGUUGGAAGCAUGGAGACGCUGAUCGACACGCCAUCUAUAGCGGAAGACAACCCAGAGGUAAUGUUAGAUUUCCUUACAAUGCAGAGUCUAAGAGACAGAUACAAUGAGAAAGACCUAUUUGAGGUAGAGUUAACGGCCCCAUACGUCAACGAACAAGACUUUGAUAACUACGUCAGAGAAUUCGUCAUUGAUGAUGCUAUUUCCGAGUGUUUUGCUGCCUCUGAAGAUUCAAGUCCUAUAUUUUCAUUUCCGUUUCAGAAAGCGUCUAAUUCACCUGCAAAACAAAACCGAUUGAAAAAGAAACUUGUCCACAAAUCCCCUCAAGAGGAAAUGAUACUAAGUGAUGAGGACUCAAGGUCAAGUGAUUCAAAAAGGUCAAAGCUGAUAGGUAAUAUUUUCAACCGGAAGCAGAAGGGUAAGGAGAAUAUGAAACCGAUCAAAGAACCAGAUUCUAAAGAAAACGGCGACAUUACAGGGGCGAUAAUCGAUGCUUGUGAACAUAUUACAAAUACAUAUAAACAUCCUUCAGGGAAACCAGAUUCUACUAUAAGUGAUACAUCACCGAAAAAAGACUCCAAUAAAAAUCAGGGAAUAGUUAAAAAUGGCAGCAUAGUGAAAGAAAGUGAUAAUGUUAGUCGUAGGACCAGUGUUAGUAAUCGGUCACGUGACAGUAGUUCUUCUCGUCGUCUACCUCCGGUUCCUUCCGAUUCCAGUCGAUCAGAAAGUUCUGUUCCGAGGAGAAAACACUCAACUGCUUCGUCUACGGGUACAGCAAGAAGGACACCGAAAAAGAGUGAAACACUUAUUGAUGAACUGUUGUCAAAGAGUGAUGCUGAUUUGGCGUCCACAUUGAACAGUAUGUCGUAUGAUUCUUUGAGAAAAACAAGAGACCGAAUGGGUGACACCGUACUACAUAGAUGUGUCAAAGAGGACAAAACUACCUCAACAAAAACCUUAUCUACUAAAUAUCCUCAGAUGUGUUCAGAACUCAAUAACGACAGAUUGUCUCCCUUAGAAUACUCAGUAAAGCUUGGAAAAUGUGAAUGUAUGUUGAUUUUACUUGAAAAAUCCCGUUCUGACGGAGUACUGGAAUCUUUAACGGUGCCUAGACUACUUAAUAUGGCAGCUCAGUACGAUCAGCCUGAAUGUUUGGAAUCUUUGCUGAAUUUACUCCCUAAAGGAGAGGGCAAUCCACUGGAACUACCUCCAGAUAGUCUUGGUAAUACGGCUGCGCACGAGGCUACAAGUAAAGGUCAUCUCAGGUGUUUACAGAUAUUGUUGGAUAAUGGGUAUGAUGUUUGGUCCAAGAACUCGGAGGGAUUAUGUCCUAUACAGCUUGCCAUACAUAAUCACCAUACGGAAUGUUACGGGUUUAUGUUAUUGUUUGAAAGUUCUCGAUGUCUUGCAAGAGAAGCUGCACACCAGUAUAAUAAAGCAGUCAGGUUGACAAAUUCUAAGAUUUCAAAUUACGACGCUUUUUUUAUGAUUGAAUCCCAGCUUUCACGAUACCAGGAACAGUUGAAUGAAGCCAUGAGGUCCACUCUGGAGAGUCAGGAGAAUAUCUUAGUUUCUUUAGACUGUAUAUACGAUCAGUUAGCUGCAGUGCUAGCUUCAAUGGAGGAUGCAUCAGAAUUAACUUGCCAUUUAGAAACUAUCAAGGGAGAAUCUGAACGCCUGCAAGAUCUGUUUGACUUUUCGGUUAUUGCUAAUGCUAACAGUAUGCUGUCUAAAGUGUUGACUGACUUCCGUGAGGUAUUGAAAGAUGCGGAUGGGAAGGAAAUCAAAGACGGUUCUCCUGAUAAAAAGCCGUACAAUAAUUUUAGAUCUUCAUAUAAGGAUAUGAUAAAAACUCUAGAGCAUGAUAAAGGUGAUCAUUUUGAAACAACGGUACAACAACAUAUGCAGACAUUUAUAGAAAAAUAUAAGCUACCGGAAACGCUAUUUUCAGAUAAGGAGAGUACUUCUAAUUCUAGUAGUUCCACAAGCAAUCGAACAUUUACCAUUACUAAAAAGUCUUUAAAAUUACAGUCCUUUCCCGUGGACUCUACGCAUCAUGAACUACCUCAAAAUAACCCUGACAAUAGUAGUAAAGAAGGGAACACACAAAAAUCGCCUUCUAAACUGAAGAGAGGUAAUACGAAAACUAAAAGUCUUAAAGGUCGAACUCCAAGCCAAGAGAAAAGAGCUGAUGUGGUAAAAACAGCUCUGUCCGAUGAGAUUAGUUCAAAAGAUAGAAGAAACAUUAAUGGAAAUGCAAGUCAACAUUGUAAUGACGAUACAGAUAAUAUUGUUAGUCAUAUAAUGUCGUCACCGGAAGUGCCAUUAUUGGAAAGUCCUAGUGCAACAGAGUCUGUUUACACAUCAACUCUGACGUCAGACCAAACUGUCACAGAUCAGUAUUCUGAUUGGACAUCAAGGACUGAAACACUCCAAAGAGAAUCGAAUGAUUCCGGUUCCGAAUGGUGGCAAGAAAACAACGGUUACUAUAACGAGGAAGAAGACGAUAUUGACGAUGGUCAUAGUCGUGUGCGUCUAAAUGUUGACAAUGAAGACUUGCCUGAUGAAAUGUUGCGUCAGCAUCGUCUGAACCAACACUUAAAAUCAGUGGAGAAGAUAAACGCACAUAGAACUGACGUCAUAGAAACUGUAGUAACAGCUUCGGGUAGACAGCUGGGUCGGUCUAAUCCAUCCAAAGUACCGAAGCCAGCUCCUAGACCCUCUUUGAACAAGGAACAACUGAAACAAAACAAGGAAUCCAAAAGAGGAACUAGCAUUUUUAGCAAGAUCAAAAAUAAAAGCAAAGUGAAACUUUUUAGUGCUGAGAAUGUUGGUCCUUCGCGUGAAAUAACCCCAUCGGAGUUCUUGGAAAGUUAUGAUCGUUCACAUGAUGGAGCAAAAAAUGAUUUGAAGUGGGACGAAGUUUCUCUAACGGACGGAGAAGAGUACAAAUCAAAUGAAAAGCCUUGGUAUGAAAUGUCAGAAGAUGAAGAAAGCCUACUACAAGGUUGGAAAACGGACGAUGAAGAUGAAAAUGCGCGGGAUUUUGGAAACCUAUGAUUUUAAAUCUAUUAGGACAAAAACAGUCUAACUGUGCAUUGCAGCAUCAUCAAAAUAAGGAUAUACGGUUAUUGUGAUAUCAAAUCAAUUUUGUUUUAUUACACUCAGGGUUAACAUAUAAUGAAUAUUGUUGUGAAAACAGGGACAUAUUUACAAAAUUAUAUUUGCAUACAGUAUCUAUUUUAUUACAUUAUCUGUGUACAUAUCGUCUGUUGAUCAAAAUGUG